GGCUCCUGGUUUUGCGUCUCACCAGCGUCCAGUGUCUCGGGAUGAGAUCCGGUCCGGUCUUUACCGCAGUCCUCCGCUCACCGUUACUGCAGCAUCCGUAUAAACUGCCUUCAAAUCCAGCCGUGCACAGCACUUUUCCUCACUUUCUUCACCUAGCCGUGACAUUCUCCUCCGAUGUAUCUGUGAUUUAUCUUUGGGGACCGAGCGGGAUGUAAAACCUUUAACCGCGACUAACGUGACAGCUCCGCGUUAUUCCCAGCGUCGGGUUUCUUCUGCGCCAAGAGAUGAUGUGGACACCGAACCGCUGGUGAAAUAGCUCAAUAGUUUGGCUGCACAAGGAGUCACUGGUCAUGCUGUGCUUUGGAGGGACGAGAAGAGACUCUUAAUAAGAAAGAACGAGAGAGUCGACAGAGAGGAGAAGGUAGACAGCAGCUGCUAUCAUGUCUCGUCAUCAAAGCCGAGCCACCAGCCUGGAGGAGAAGGGAGCCACACCCAUCCACAAAAGCUCCACCCCCUCACACAAGAGCUCCACCCCCACUCACAAGAGCGCAUCCUCUUCCUCUUCAUCUCAGAGAGACAGUCGACAGGAGUCGGAUAGUUGGGAAAUCAUCGAGGGGCUAAGGAUCGGGCAAACGCAUGUUCAGAGGCCGGAGAAACAUGAAGGUUUCAUGCUGAAGAAGAGGAAAUGGCCUCUAAAGGGCUGGCACAAGCGAUUUUUCAUUUUAGACAAUGGGAUCCUGAAGUACUCCAAAUCUCCUGUAGAUAUUCAGAAAGGAAAGCUUCAUGGCAGUAUAGAUGUGGGUCUGUCUGUGAUGUCCAUCAAGAAAAGAGCUCGCCGCAUAGAUCUGGACACAGAAGAGCACAUUUAUCAUCUGAAGGUGAAGUCUCCAGAUGUUUUUGACAUCUGGGUGUGCAAGCUGCGUCACCAUCGUUUGUUCCGUCAGAACGAGAUUGUUCGCUCUCCUCGUGAUGCUACGUUACGGACCUUCCCUCCGUCGGCCAGCGCAGAGUCACCCCAGAACACCUCUUCCAGCGCACACCAAAACAAGCAGGGUAAACCCAGUACUCUGCCCUGGCAGCUGCCGGCGUCCUGUAGUAAUGGACAGAGUAAAGUGGCAGCCUGGUUACAGGAGUCUGAGGAGAUGGACAAGUGUUCAGAAGAACUUGCCUACUGCCAGUCUAGUCUUUUAGAAUUGAGUCAACUGCUGCAAAGUCUGGAGAUCUUACAUAGGACACAGUCAGCCCCCAACUUCACCGACAUGCAGAGUAACUGUGUAGAUUUGACAAAGAAAGAGAAGCGAGUCAGCAGAAGAUGGAGGACUAGAAGUGUCAGCAAAGAUGCAAAAUUGCAACAGCAGGUCCAGUCACUUCCCCAGUCACACAGUGCUAAAGUUCCCCUGAGUGUAAGCAUGUCUCAAGUGCGUCUCCACUCCUCCAAUCCUAACCUAUGUGCAGAGUUGGCUGAUUUUCAAACCCCAGUCACACGUCUGACGGACAGUAUCGACAGCGCCAGUGAUUACAUCAAACUGCAGGAAGAUUUCUGCAUAAUUGCACAAAAAGUGCACUCUCUUCUGAAGUCUGCCUUCAACACGGUGGCCAUAGAGAAAGAGAAGAUUAAACAGGUGUUGUUGGAACAAGAGCAGACCGGCCAAUCAAAUCAGAUUAUAACCCUCCGCCGCUCCCUGUCACAGGCCUUGUCCCAAAAUGCUGAGCUCAAGACCCAUCUGAACCGGAUCAACUCUGAGUCAGUUCUGUCUGAACCGAUCGUCAGUGUGAACAUCAUCAGCAGCCCCAAUGAGGAAGAUGAGCUGCUCCACGUGGGCAUCCCUCUCUCUCAGCAGGUGGCCAAUGAGAGCAGACUCUCCAUGUCAGAGUCAGUGUCUGAGUUCUUCGAUGCCCACGAGGUGCUUCUGUCUGCUAGUUCAUCAGAGAAUGAGGCCUCUGAUGACGAGUCUUACAUCAGCGAUGUAAGUGAUAACAUUUCAGAGGACAAUGCCAGCGUCACAGAUAAUGUUUCCAGACAGAUGCCUAACGGUGAUCUGGCCAGUGGUGCGUUUCGUAACGGUAGACGUACGUGUCUCCCUGCUCCCGCCCCUGACACUUCCAACAUUAACCUGUGGAACAUCCUGAAGAACAACAUCGGGAAAGACCUGUCGAAAGUGUCCAUGCCAGUGGAGCUGAAUGAGCCGCUGAACACACUGCAGCACAUGUGUGAGGAGCUAGAGUACACAGAGCUACUGGAUAAAGCAGCUCACACCGACGACCCCUAUGAACGCAUGGCAAUCGUUGCAGCGUUUGCAGUUUCAGGAUAUUCAUCCACCUAUUAUAGAGCAGGCAGCAAACCCUUUAACCCCCUUCUGGGGGAAACGUAUGAAUGUAUCCGUGAGGACAAAGGAUUCUGCUUCUUUUCUGAACAGGUAAGCCACCAUCCGCCCAUCUCCGCUUGUCACUGUGAGUCACAGAACUUCACCUUCUGGCAGGACGUCAGAUGGAAGAAUAAGUUUUGGGGGAAGUCUAUGGAGAUUCUUCCCAUCGGAACAGUGAAUGUCAUGCUGCCCAGUAGUUAUGGUGAUCACUACGAGUGGAACAAGGUGACGACGUGCGUCCACAACAUUCUGAGCGGGAGGCGAUGGAUCGAACAUUACGGGGAGGUCACGAUCAGAAACACCCGCAACACUACCUGCAUCUGCAAACUCACCUUUGUGAAGGGAAACUACUGGAGCUCGAAUUUGUAUGAGGUGCAUGGAUCAGUGAUGGAGCAGGAGGGGAAAGUCAUUCACAGACUGUUUGGGAAAUGGCAUGAGGGUCUGUACUGUGGAGUCCCACCUUCAGCCAAAUGCAUCUGGAGACCAGGGUCUAUGCCUACAGAUUAUGAGCUGUACUACGGCUUCAGCAGGUUUGCCAUAGAGCUCAAUGAGCUCUGUCCUGAGCUGAAGGAGCUGCUGCCACCAACAGAUGCUCGAUACAGGCCGGACCAGAGGUGUCUGGAGGAAGGAAAUGUCCAGAUGGCAGCCGCUGAGAAACAAAGAAUCGAAGAGCAGCAGAGAAACAGGAGGAAGUGGCUGGAGGAGAACAACAUCAGACACCAGCCGCGGUUCUUUAAGAAGGUUAUGCACAGUCACCAGAGGGAGAGAUGGGUGUCUAACAACACGUACUGGGAACUGCGCAAGGACCCCGGCUUCCUCAAACUAGAAAACCCUGAGCUGUGGUAGAUCCAGACGCCUUCACUGCUGACUGCAGACGCUUACUAUGCAGAACAGGACCUCCCUCUAGAUUUGGAUUUUAUCUCCGGACUGAAAAUAAAUGUAUAAAAAGCCUCUCUCCUCAUCCCUUCGGCAGGCUCUGUCUCAAUAGUUUCCCUCUACAUAGUAAAAGAGAGAUGCAGAGCUGUCCAGAUGAAGCCGGUCGUGCUUCCUCUUAAGUGCUUGCCUUAAGAAGUCGCUUCUCAACAACAUAGUUUUACGCUUUUAGUGAAAUUCCCUCAACUUCUGGGUUUAGACGGACUGAAUUUGCUCUUUUGGCUACAUUCUGCAUGUGUAGACGGCAGCUUUCAUCGGCAGUAGGUUACGUUAACUCGUCAAAACAACAUUUCGACAAUUUUAGCUCUAUUUUUGUAAACAACCGAAAGAAGGGAAUUGUUUUGGAAGUCAAAGCUGUGACUGAAGUCGAGCUGUCCCUCCUCGUGUUCAGUGGCAUGCCACCUUUCAAAACUUUCCAAAGAAUCAAGCCUGAAAGAGAGAUCCUGGACCCAGAAGCCCUCGCAGACCCCUGGAUCUCUGGCUCGUUAGUGCUCUUUAAAGCAAACGGGACAUUUAUGCACCACUAAUGGCACCAAAUCAAAUUCAAGAAAUGAUUUUUUUCCAAGCAGGUUCUACAAGCACUCGCCACCUUCAGAAAAACUAGUCCGUGCCCUGCGAAACAGAUUAUUCCAGCUAGUUUUCGCUCCAAACUCACACCAUUGGUUGAGAGAGAAGUCAGGCGCACGUUGCAUAUAAAGUUCACCCGACAGUGAUAAAUCUGUCAUUAAUUUCUCACCCUCGUGUUCUUUCAUGCCCAUAAAGUUUCAAAACACAGUAUUUUUAAUGAAACCUGUGUGGUUUCUGUCCCUCCAUUGAUAAAUAUGGGUAACCAAAACUUAAAAGAUCCAAAAAGGUUAUAAAGUUGCUGUAAAACAAUUUUCGUUAUCUUAUUAAUAUGCUUAAGUGAUGCCUUUAUGAGCUUGUUGUGUUUGUAGGAUCUUUUGGUGACCUGGUCAUUCAAUGGAAAGAAGAAAACCUCUCAGGUUUCAUUAUAAAUAUCGUCACUUGUGUUUAAAAGAUUGACUAAAGUCAUAUGGGUUUAGGAGACAUGUGGAGUGAUUUAUACCUUGAUUGCACCAGUGACCCAAAAACGACAGCGGCCUCUACAGGCGUCUCAGUGCUACUGCAUACUGCAUACUUCAGGACCCCACAUCUCUGCUAACUACAAAUAGGAAAUGGAUGUCAGUAGUGUGCAUACUACACAGUAUGCUGUAACAUUUCGUGUAAUGUACUGCAUUUUCACGUGACCUCACCAUGUGUUUAAUUCAGUGAAGUCUAGGAUAUUAAUGAUAAUAUUUAGAAAAAUAAAUGUGACUUUUGGAAGUCUGAGUAAAUACUGGUUAAUAAAUAUGUUGAAAUCUGUCACGGAAAUUACUUUUUUUUCACAUAUAGAAGUCGUAAAUGAAGUAUCCUAGUAUGCGUUACGAAUUCAAAACUCCAGAUGAAUCAGUCAUAUGUUCAGCGCAAACUGAAAACAUGCAUGUUAUGCAAACUACAGAAAGGGAAGAUAUUUCUACAUGGAUUGCAUUCAAUUUUUUUUUUUUUUUUUAUUUCUUAUACAUCACUUCUUGAAUUAAACAUGCUGAGAUGAUGAAUCAUGUGACAACAACAGUGUAGCAGAAUACGUUUCUAAAUGUUUAGUGUUGCACAAUGCAUGCUGUUAUCCAUACGGUCAGUCUUCAGUGAAGUAUGCAGUAUGUAGUACACUAGUAUUCUAGUGCGAACAUCCAUCGUUUAUUACAUUUGAUCUGAAACUCAUUCAUCAAACAAGUCAUUCGUGAAAGCAUUCUUGUGUAAUUUGUUGCGUUCGAUUCAACUGAGCAGAUUUUAAUUUUUUUAGAUAGUUGUAAAGAUUUUAAGUAGAUUGUAAAGAACCCAUUACUAGAGCUGUAUGUCAGUGUUUGAGUCCUUCACUGUGCCUUAACGCUUAUGAAACCAUAUCAACACACUACUGGAGGACGGUCCAUCCACAAAACAUCGUCUUUUGCACACUGAUGCACUUUUUUCCCCCCGGUAAGACCCUGUAGAGCCCAAAAGACACCAUAAAACACAGACUGCUGGAAAUGAAGGUGUGCAUCUACAAAACUAUGUGGAGUUCUUAUAUUACAGAUUCUCUGUGACGGUUGUUGUUGUUUUGUUCUUUCUGUUAAGAUGAGAUGAUUGCUGAUCUGGAGCUCAUCUGACUGAAUGUUUCUGAAGCUUAUAGAGAAGAUGAUGAUGGGAAAAAAAUAGCAGGUUGAGUUUCUUGUGUAGGGAAAGACGCUGUAGUGAGUACAUCUGCUGGUAGUUUCUCAACAUUGCAUGAACACAUGUCAAAGCCUGCCAAUGAUCUGUGAUGCCUUAUUAAAACGAGCGUUUCAUUUCAAUCUCAUGAUAUCCUCACUGAGACGUCCUGCACUGUGUGUGGGAGUUUUAUUGAUGUGAUCAGCUGUCCUCUGAAGAAGUGCAGUUGUACGGUGACGUCUCUCUGUUCACAGCUGCUCCAGUGCUCCACUGUUGACGUGUUAUUAGGACACUCUCCAGACCUGCUGUUUCACAUCUAUAUGCAUUGCAAGAAAUACAUAUUUAUGUUCCAAGUCA